AUGACAGAGUACAAACUCGUUGUUGUAGGAGCUGGUGGUGUUGGAAAGAGUGCCUUGACAAUACAGCUUAUACAAAAUCAUUUUGUGGAUGAAUAUGAUCCAACAAUUGAGGAUUCCUAUCGCAAACAAGUGGUUAUUGACGGAGAGACAUGUCUGUUGGAUAUAUUGGACACGGCAGGUCAAGAAGAGUACAGUGCCAUGAGGGAUCAAUACAUGAGAACAGGGGAGGGCUUUCUUUUGGUUUUUGCCGUUAACAAUACUAAAUCUUUUGAAGAUAUUAGCAUCUAUAGGGAACAAAUAAAAAGAGUUAAAGAUGCAGAAGAAGUGCCUAUGGUUUGUGAUCAUAAAAAUUGUGAUUUGCAAAGGUCCCUAAAUAAAAACCAGGCACAGGAUAUGGCAAAGCAAUAUGGUAUUCCCUUCGUUGAAACUUCAGCAAAGACAAGACUUGCAGUUGAUGAUGCUUUUUAUACACUUGUUAGGGAAAUACGUAAAGAUAAGGAACAAAAAGGAAAGGAUAAAAGAAAGAAACCUUUACUGCGGAUAGGAAAUUGUAGAAAAUUUUGUUUGAUUUUGUAA